AUGAGGUCCUCUGUGCAGACGUGGACCUCAUUGGGAUCCUCACCAGGAGACUGGUCCUCUGUGCUGUCAACCUGUGUGUCUGCAGGAGGUGCAGGGCCCAGACACGGGCCGACCAGGGAGAGGGAGCUGACCUCCGACAGCCCUGAGGUCAUCACAACAGAGGAGUUGCCCACCUGUAGCCCAUGGCUCACACAGGAUAUAGGCAUCUCCAGCACACCAGAGCAUGAUCUGGGCUCAAUGAGCAUGCCCAGUGUGUCGACUGUCCCAGUCAGGAAGUGGUACCAGAUUGACUUCAGCCCCACUGCCUUCUGCAAGAGGGUUUUCCAGUCUGUGUACUCGGAGCCAGCGACUCGAUCUGACUCAAGUGCACAGCAAACAGAUAUCAGUGGCAGAGAGGACAUGACCCCUGAAAUUAAAAGUUAUGUUUCCAACAGCACCAUGGAGGAAUCUGACAUCACCGGCCCUCCCUCCAUCCAUAAGCCCAUAGCGGACCUGAGGGUGCAGAGAGGGGAGACGGCUGCCUUUGAUGCACACAUCACAGGGUUCCCUGCUCCUCAGGUCUCCUGGUUCCAGGACGGGAAGCAAUUGUCAGCCAGCGAGCGUCUGAAGCUGACAGACAAUAGUCCGCACUUCUCCCUCACCCUUUUCAACACUGGAAGCGUUGACAAUGGCGUCUACACGUGUACUGCCAGGAAUGCAGGCGGGGAGGUCUCCUGCAGUGCCAAGCUCACUGUCGAGAGAGGCUUGGGGAAGAGGGCGGAGUACAUUGCAGGGAUGAACGUGAAGAGGAGGAGCCUGCAGUCACUGUAUGAGAUCCAUGAGGAAAUAGGCAGGGGCUCAUUUGGAAUUGUGAAGUGCGUGACAAGUCGAGACAGCGGCGAAAGCCACGCGGCCAAGUUCCUUCCCCUGCGGAAAGGCACCCGGAGAAGAGCCUUUGAAGAGAGGGACCUGCUCGCUCAAAUCACCCACCCCAGAGUGGCCUGUCUGCUGGACAGCUUCAGUUCCCGGAAGACUCUGGUGCUACUCACCGAGCUCUGCUCUGGCCAUGACCUGCUCAACUAUUUAUUAUCCAAGGCCACCGUGAAAGAGAGAGAGGUGGGGUUGUAUAUUCAGCAGGUCUUAGAGGGCAUUGAGCAUAUUCACAGCCUGAACAUUCUCCAUCUGGAUCUUAAUCCUACUAAUAUCCUCAUGACACUGGAGAAAGAGGAAGUGAAGAUCUGUGAUUUUGGGUUCUCCCAGAAGAUAGAUCCUCUAAGAUACCAAUACAGUAAAUUUGGAACUCCAGAGUUUGUGGCCCCGGAAAUUGUGUGCCAGGCUCCAGUUACAAAGGCAACAGAUAUCUGGUCUCUUGGUGUUUUGUCAUAUCUAUGUCUGACCUGCCGCUGCCCAUUCUCUGGAGAGAGUCACCGUGCUACCCUCCUUAGUGUGCGUGAAGGAAAAGUUUCCUGGGACACCCCUGAUGUCACAUCCAGGAGCUGCGCCGCCCAGGACUUCCUGCGCAGGGUGUUACAGCCGGAGCCUGAUUUGCGGCCAACUGCUGCUGAAUGCUUGAUGCAUGAAUGGUUUCAGGGGCUACAUCCAGAUCAGGAAUUUUCUGAUAUCAGUACAAAGAACCUGACAUUUUUUAUUUCAAGAAGCAAACUACAGCAAUCUCAUAUCUGCUAUGGUUCAGCAAUGGUGCGGCAAACGAUGGCAGACCUAGUGGCACCCCCACCCCAAGACGCCUCACUGAUUGGCGCCCCAACCGAACAGAACCCCGACAGCUCCUCCCUCAGCAGUGGGUCCUCCUCCGAAUAUGAUGAAAUAGAUGAUUGGGCCACACCCCUAUUCAUCUCGCAUGAGGGUAGAGAGAAGAAGCAUCUGGAUACUGAAAACGUGGAACCAGAGCCACCCGAAAGAAGAAUCGCUUUAGUGGUACCCAGCAAGGACAGACACACUGAAGAAGAGGUGACAUGGAGACAAGACAACCAGAGGGGGGCACUCACACUGGAGUGGCGCACUAGUCAGCUGACACAAGGGGACAGCACCUCAUCGCUGGGCAUGGAGGACGAGGGCUCCAGUGGGGGGCGGGUCCCUAGAGAGAGUCUGAUCAAGAGCACCUUCUAUAGCAGCUCUGAGGAGCUCUCUCCACUGUCCGCACGCCGGAUGUUGCUGCGUCAGAAGAAGCGUACUAAGAGAAUGGAGCGCAGCCGAGUGCGCCUGAGGUCCGCUUUCUCCAGUAGACUCGGCGAGCCUCUUCUCGAGCACAUGGAGGACAGUGCAGAGGAGGACGAAGGCGGGAGCCAGAGACGGGGUUCAUCCCAGUAUCCUGUAACUCUGACCAAAUCCUGCUCCUUUGACAGCGGCCCAAUUGCCUGUUUUAAUACACAAAGGCAGAGGAGGAGCAGGUCCCUGGAUGAGUAUUCAAGAAAGGCCCAGUCCACAUCUGAGCUAAGGGAGUCAGGGGAAGACGAUGAUGGAAUGGAUGCCUUUAGCUCUCAAGAGGUUUUGGGACAGGACAAAAAAUACACAGACACAGUUCACAGUACCUUCUCUGAGAGCAUGGCACAGUCACCUGAUAUUGUAACAGAACCUCAGCAGGUGCUUGAGCUAAAAGAGCCAACCUUAGAAAAAGGCAAAGACUGCUCCUCUGAGUUUGCUACUGAUGAGCUUGUUGAGGCAGAAGUGCCUCCGCCCAAAUCAGAUGACAGUUCUAAAACUGUUGUGUUAGAGUGUACUGCAAGUGAUGAUCUCUUCUCGGAAGACAUUACAAAAUUGACGGCUUCUGCAUUUUCUCCAGAGAGGGUUGAUGGUGCUGUAAAUAUUGAAUUAUGGGAAGACCAUCAGGAUACAAGCCGCAUCCAGUCAGAAACAAAAGAUCACUCAAACUUGGAGCCUAUAUUUGUGGAAUCCACAACACUGAUUUCUGUUGUGCAGGAUGUCACUGAGUUGCUGGAUUCAAACUACGGUCUAGACUUGUUAGAGAGACCUAGAAGCAUGGAUAUAUCCUUCAAGGCUUUAGAGACAUUGGAUUUGGAGGAUAGAGCUCACUUUCCAAUGAUUCACAAAGUGAGAUCACAUGAAGUGAUAAGUAAACCAAGUGAUUUGGCUUUGCUGGUUCCAGAGCCGAUAGAGAGGGCACAUAGUGUGAUAUGUAGCAUGACUGCUUCAGCUGCUUUGGAGGAUGCGUGUGGCUUUAAAUCUCAUUCUACCAAGGAGCUGGGCACAGUCGAAAUCCCUGCUGAAAUUUCAAUGAAGCGGGCAGAUUCAUUCCAAGAGCACUUUAUUUAUGCUCCUCAAGAGGAAGAGCUUUGUGCAAAUUUCCCAGAAGCUGAGGUCAAACGUUCAUGUUCAGAAGAGGAUUAUGACAAGGUGGACUCAGCCGAAGAGGUCUAUCCAGGCCUUCUUGAAGAUAUUGAAUCAGGUCAUGUUAGCUCAAAGAGUUCUGUCACAAAUUUAUCUGACAGAGAAGAGGCCUGUGGUGGGGCAGGAGCCCGCCCUGGUAUCAUAGUGUCUUCUGAUGAAGACCUUGAAGAAGCCAUGUUUGAGAGUUCUUCUGAAAAAGUAUCGUCCUACCUGAGCCUGGAGACCUACAGGGACAAUGAAUCUGAUCCAGUGCUCAAGAACCGUCUGGAGGAGAUACACACAUAUGAGGACCACAGCCAGAUGACAACUGAAAAAUCAGGAUGGUCCGAUAGUGGAAUCCCACUGGAGAAAGGUGAGUUCCUAGCUAGAUCUGGUUCAUUAAAAGUCCUUAACAGAAGCAGCAUAGACAUUGAGGAAGAGCUCCAGAGAUACCCAUCGACACCAUCACUUGAGAUAAAAACACUCCCUGGAAAAUCUGGGAGAAUUAUGGGAUUUUUCCGCCAGCACUCAUGGACAUGCCAGUCGUCCUCACCAGUGGAGAGGGUAGUCAAAAGACAGGCAUCUGAAGGGGAUUCCAGCGAUUCACUGCAGCGACAACAUGAACAGCUAAAGAAUCCAGACCAGUCCAUCACCAAGAGGAUGAAGGCAUCUGUCUCCAGCUUCUCCAAGGCUGUGUUGGGCAGGCAGACCAGUAAAGAGGACAAGAAAGAUAUUGAGGCUGUUCAAGCCAUGGGUCUUGGGUUGAAGAGUUCCCCACCUUUUUCCCAUGGUAAAUCACCUGAGGCACCUGGAGGCUCACCCAAAAGAUCACCUGGAUCACUAUUCUCCUUCAAAUUUCCAGGGUUUAAGAGGAGUAAAGGUCCAGCAUUCCUGCAGGAGCUGGCAGACCAAGCGGUAUCAUUGGGACAAGAGGUUACACUGUGGUGUCGAAUCUCUGGACACCCUUCCCCAGAAAUACAGUGGUAUAAAGAGGCCAGGAGACUGAAGACCAAUGACCAGAUUAGGCUAGCUGUGAUGGACAGGGAGUACCUAUCCCUCACUAUCUACUCCGCCAAAGAGGAGGACCUGGGGAGUUACCGCUGCGUGGCCAGCAAUGCCACGGGGCAGGCAUCCACCUCCUGCACCCUCAUUGUGUCUGAGCUGCCCACCUACCCAACAGGCCUCCAGGUGUUCCACCUGCACGGGGAUGGAGUGCUGUUGGUGUGGAAGCCAGUUGAAUCCAUCACAGAGCUCAGCUACUGCAUUGAAUACAGCAGGGAUGGUAGGGAGUGGAGACUGUUGGCUGAGGGCCUGGUAGACAGCUACUUCACAGCUUGUAGCCUGGCCAAAAGGGCACAAUAUGAGUUCAGGGUGGCCUGCCUUAACAGAGCUGGGAGAGGAUCUUUCAGUGAGCCCUCUGUCCCCAUCUCCAUCAGAGCUGAGCAGCAAGAACUCCUAGCUCCUCUCAUCUACACAGAGUCCACUGAGUCCUUGGGUCUAACAGGGCAGGCUCAGUUCACUUUAUCUACCCGACACCAAACCUACAGUUUCCUCUCUGAAAUCAACAGGGGCCGCUUCAGUGUGGUAAAGCAGUGCCGGGAAGACCAAAGCGGGCAGCUUUUGGCUGGCAAGAUCACACCAUUCAAGCCACAGUGGCGCCAGUGGGCCCUGAAGGAAUACCAGCUGCUGAGAAGGCUGAAUCAUGCUCACCUGGUGCAGCUGCACGUCGCCUUCAUAACACCCUGCUACCUGGUUCUGAUCAUGGAGUUGUGCCAAGGCCAGGAUCUGUUCCACCAUUUAGCAGCGAGAGACCUGUAUGGUGAGAUGCAUGUGCAGACAUUCCUGCAGCAGAUCCUCAGCGUGGCAAACUACAUGCACCGCAGGAGAGUUGCACACCUGGACCUCAAGUCCAGCAACAUCCUGGUCACUGAGCAGAGUGUGCUGAAGGUGGUGGACCUGGGCUCAGCACACGUCUUCACCCCGGGCCAGCCCAUCCUAACCGAACGGCUGCUGGAAAUUGCUGAUAGCAAAGUGACAACUGACAUUCCCAAAGCUCCUGAAGUUUUGGAGGGACAAGGUGUGGGCCCAGAAACAGACAUCUGGGCCAUUGGAGUUUUGGCUUUUAUAAUGCUAAGUGCUGAUGAGCCCUUUGAGAGGGAACGCAAUAUGAAAAAGAGCAAAGUGCAGUUUGGGAGGUGCUACUCCGGCAUGUCUGAAGGAGCACUCAACUUCAUGAAGAAGGCACUGAACACCAAGCCACAGUCAAGGCCCUCGGCUACCGAGUGCCUCCAGAUGCCAUGGAUUCAAGGGGCGCGUCCGCCGUCCAAGCAUCGGGACGCCGUGGUGUGCUUCACCACGGACAAACUGCGUUCCUACCUGCAGGAACGCGAGCCACAGCGGCAACACUCCCACACCGAAUUGGAUGCAUACCUCUUCCAGUAAGGGCGCAGGGCCGGCGAACACCUACCCACAGCCCGAUUCUCAUCCUCAGAACACAGACAUUCAGAAAGUACCCAUGCUGUGUUCAGUUCGAGAGGGACUGCACAGCUGCUCGCCAAAUAGCAAUGAACUGUUAACUAUCAGUGUAUUUCAUCCAGUUUCCUUGCGGUUAAACCAGACGUUUUAUGUAAUUGCAGUGGUGGUGUUCACAGUAUUAUGCAGUUAUGCAGGUUUAUUUAUUUAUUUGAGAAUGCAGUGCAAAUUCAUUAUAAAAUUCAGCUAAAAAAAUAAGAGCAAAAA